AUGAGCGCGAAUCCCACGGCGCAGCGUCGAGGCGCCCCCAAAGCACACUUGGAGUCUUCGCACGAGAUCCUCACUUGUACCAUCAAAUCUCCUCCUUUUGCGUAUGCCCAUCUCGUGUUGGUGACCGACGGCCCAGACGAAGCUGGAGUAGAACUGGACAAUUUGCUAGUCAAGUCGUACUGCACAGCCGCCCUUCGACAGUUUCUAGGCCUAACGGGAGAAUCCAUCUCCAUGGAUAUUCUGAAGGCCGAGGGUCGCGAUUGCUGGAUCCGAGUGCCGCGUCCAGAUCUCGGAGCCUUUGCGGCCGCGAUAACGGCGUGGAAAGGGACAACAGAAGAUGGCACGCAGCGGCUUUUGCGAAUCAAGCGAUGCGCCGACUGGCUUGGCAUGAUGGUUGGCACAGACGGCCAGGAACGAGUAUGGGACAGCCGAUCGUGCGAUCACGAGUCACGGGCGCUUGUGCGUACAAAGUCUUGA